AUGUCAAGUGAAAGAAUAGCCAAAGAAGCAAACCUUGCUUUUUCAACGCUUAAGACUUUGUCAAAUGAAGAAAGAUCAAAUGCUUUACAAAUUAUUCAUGACUCUUUAAAAGAAAAGAAAACAAACAUCCUAAAAGCUAAUGAAUUAGAUUUAAAAAAUGCUGAAUCUCAAAAUCUUUCAUCAUCAUUAAUUAAAAGACUUGAUUUAUCAAAAUCUGGGAAAUUUGAUUCUAUGUUACAAGGAAUAUUUGAUGUUGCAAAUUUACCAGAUCCUGUAGGUAAAGUCACACUAGCUAAGAAGCUUGAUGAAGGUUUAAAUCUAUAUAGAGUAACUGCACCAAUUGGUGUUUUAUUGAUUAUUUUUGAAAGUAGACCUGAAGUUAUUGCUAAUAUUACUGCAUUAGCUGUAAAAUCUGGUAAUUCUGCAAUAUUAAAAGGAGGCAAAGAAUCUUUUCAAACUUUUAAAAUAAUGAGUGAAAUUGUAAAUCAAGCGUUGGCCAAGACUAAAGUUCCACCAAAAGCUAUUCAAUUAAUAGAGAGUAGAGAAGAUGUUUCAGAUUUACUAAAUCAAGAUAAAUAUAUUGACUUGGUAAUUCCUCGAGGUUCUAAUGAAUUGGUACGUCAUAUUAAGUCAAAUACAAAAAUCCCUGUUUUAGGUCAUGCUGAUGGUAUUUGUUCAAUCUAUGUGGACUCGAAUUAUGAUUUAACAAAAGCUAAAAGGAUUAUUAUUGAUUCAAAGACAAAUUACCCAGCUGGUUGUAACGCAGUUGAACAAUUGUUGAUAAAUAAAAAUUUACCAAAAGAAGAAAUUAAAGAGAUUUUACAAUCUUUGAUUGAUAAUAAAGUAACGAUACAUGUAACACCUGAAUUGAAAUUAAUAGAUUCGGAAUUUGUAAAGGAUGUAGUGGAUGAUUCAUUUGAUAAAGAAUAUCUUUCAUUUGAUAUAUCAGUGAAGCUAGUGAAUAAUAUUGAUGAAGCGAUUUCCCAUAUUAAUGAACAUUCAUCAAAACAUACCGAAUGUAUAAUAACAGAGGAUGAGGCAAAAGCCAAUAAAUUUUUAAAAAGUAUUGACUCUGCUGGUAUUUAUUGGAAUGCUUCAACAAGAUUUGCUGAUGGUUUUAGAUACGGUUUUGGAACAGAAGUUGGUAUUAGUACAAAUAAAAUACAUGCUAGAGGUCCAAUGGUCAUAUCGUUGGAGAAUAUGUAG